UGGAAAUCCAAAGUGAAAAGUGAUGUGUUCUUGAAUAGAAGCUAGAAUAUGCUGAAAAGCAAGAUGCUUCUUUCAUUGAUCGUUGAGAAACUGCGGUAAUUUGAUCAUGAAUUUGCUCGGAAAGGCACAAAGAAUUUGUGUUGGCCUCCAGGCUUGCCAAAGCUAUAAAAAUAGCAAGUGUUUUCAUUGGAACAAACACGUUGUCUUGCAUAAUCACGGUGCAAUAUUGUCAGAUAUGUGCCAGAGAAAAAAGUCAACAGACUCGACUGCAGGUAUAAAGUCGAGUAAAGUUGGAAAAAAUAAUUACAGUGGUAGAAAUUUAAAGAAAAAGACAGCCAAUCAACCUCAGCUAAGCAAAAGAUCAAAAGAAAGGCCUGUUCCAGCAACAAGAGUGAGCCGAUUAGCAAAUUAUGGAGGUCUGGCUGCAAGUCUUGGCUUUGGGGCUUUAGCAGAAGUUGCAAGACGUCAGAUUGGUUUUGACCAAGACGGAAGUAAUGAAGGUAGUCCUUUCUUGACUGAAGCAAAUGCCACCAGAAUUGUCAACACUUUGUGCAAGGUGCGAGGAGCAGCGCUGAAACUUGGCCAAAUGCUAAGCAUACAAGAUAACACAAUGAUUUCGCCAACUCUUCAGGGAAUUUUUGAACGUGUUAGAGAUGGUGCUGAUUUUAUGCCAUCAUGGCAACUUGAGAAAGUGCUAAACGCAGAACUUGGUUCUAAGUGGAAAACUGAACUGGUUGAUUUUGACAUGAAGCCUUUUGCAGCAGCAUCCAUUGGUCAAGUGCAUCAAGGUGUGCUCAAGAGUGGCAAGAAAGUAGCUAUUAAAAUUCAGUACCCAGGUGUAGAUACAAGUAUAAAUAGUGACAUUGACAACAUCGUGGCUUUGUUAAAGCUUGGUAAAGUCUUGCCGCCAGGGCUUCACAUGGAGCAAUUUAUUGAUGUAUCACGUCGUGAGCUCGCUUGGGAAGUCGACUACGUGAGAGAAGCAAAGUGUGCAAAGAGAUUUAGAGAACUUCUUAAAGAAGAUGAAUCUUUUUAUGUCCCGGAAGUAAUCGACGGUCUAAGUACAAAACGUGUUUUGACGACGGAAUUUGUAUGUGGUAGUUCCCUCGAUAAGAACACAAAAUGGGAUAAAAGUAUCACAAAUAAGAUUUGCUUUGAUAUUUUGAGGCUGUGUUUGAGGGAAUUAUUUGAAUUCAAUUUCAUGCAAACAGAUCCGAAUUGGUCAAACUUUCUCUAUAAUCCAGAAAGUAAACAGAUUUGCCUCCUUGACUUUGGAGCGAGUAGAGAAUAUCCAAAAAGAUUUGUGGACAUUUAUAUAAAGAUAAUCCAUGCUGCGUCGACAGGCGACCGGAAGACUGUGGUCGAAUGCUCAAAAAUUCUAGGAUUUUUAUCUGGUUACGAGUCAAAAGUAAUGAUAACAGCACAUGCUGAUGCCGUCAUGAUUUUAGGAGAACCAUUCAGUUCGCCCGGGACCUUCGAUUUCGGAACCCAAGACACAACGUCAAGAAUACAAAGCCUCAUUCCCGUAAUGCUUCGUCAUCGUUUGUCCCCACCCCCGGAAGAAAGUUACUCCCUGCAUCGUAAAAUGUCCGGGGCAUUUCUUCUUUGCUCUCGUCUAGGCGCUACCAUUCCUUGUAAACAAUUGUUCGAUAAUAUUUGGACAAACUAUAAGUUCACUUCUGUGACGUAGUAUAUAAUGAUGAAGAUACUGUGGGUAAGGGAAAUGUCGCUUUCCAAAUUUUAUCACAUAAAUCUUAUCACCUCAUGUCCACCAUGUGAACUCUCAUCCCACAGUCACAUGAGCGACUUAACUUUUGCCAGUCAAGGUGAAAUACAACUACAAGGUCAAUUGCGUCAAACACACACAAAAAGAGGAUUCUGGUUCUGAAUUGGCAUUAGACCUUGGAACCUGAUAUUAAGAGUCAUAAGACCUUAUAUUGGAGAUAGAUAUUAUAAAAUUUCUUUUUGUCAUGUUGGAUUUGUAAAUUUGAAAUUUUCCCGAAAGAAAAUUGAACGACUGAACAAUAUAAAACUGCGUGUUCUUUAUUGUCACACCAUACCAUAAGAAA